UGGCCGGCCGAAGCCAAGCCGGAGCCAAGCCGGCUGAGGCCACCAGCCACUCCCUCGCCUCUACGGCUUCCACAACUCGUCAUCACUAUCGAGAUCAACCCUACAGCGAAAACAAAAUGUAAGUAUCGUUGAGUAACUCUCCGCACCGCUGCUCAGCCGGGUAACCCGAGUUACACUCGGGGGCUACCCCCUCUUCCGCCGCACUUCGCUGCUUAACCCCGGACCGACUCAACUCGUCCCGGGGGCUCGCCGGUUGGUCCAAAAUGCUCUAUCCCACAGACGGCUUAGUAGUGUGUACGGUACCAAAGGCCCACUCUUCGACUCAGCUGUUGUCCGCAACCCGGCUUCAUGGCUAGCAAGAGCAAAAGCUGGAGGUCGCCUCACAUGAACAACGUCCAAAGAGAGAUCACCUUGGGCAUCCCGGCCUUCGCCGAUGUAGCUCGAAUGAGUCCGCCCCUCAAAGUCUAAGUACUGUGCGCUCCACUUUGCGGCCCACUCUUGACCUAGCUACAGACCGCAACCCGGUUGUAUGGCUGGCAAGAGAAAAAGCCAAAGAGCGGGGGGGACAUGAAAAUGACUCCAGGGGGCUCGGACGAAACCGAGCCAACAUCCCUCUACAUAAAGCUAGCACUGCUAAGGCUCCAUAUAUUAUAUGUCUUUACUGACUAACUUUGUCUCUUAUAUGACUAUCUCCGAUGGACUACAUCGAGUUGGCGGUCCUCAGCGACCACUUCUGGGUGCUCUUCAGCACGAGCCGGCGGACACCGAGUCCACCUUGCCAGCGGCCCAGAGCCUUCGAGCUGGCGGUCCUCAGCGACCACUUCCGGGUGCUCUUCAGCACGAGCCGGCGGACACCGAGUCCACCUUGCCAGCGGCCCAGAGCCUUCGAGCUGGCGGUCCUCAGCGACCACUUCCGGGUGCUCUUCAGCAUGAGCCGGCGGACACCGAGUCCACCUUGCCAGCGGCCCAGAGCCAUCGAGGUGGCGGUCCUCAGCGACCACUUCCGGGUGCUCUUCAGCACGAGCCGGCGGACACCGAGUCCACCUUGCCAGCGGCCCAGAGCCUUCGAGCUGGCGGUCCUCAGCGACCACUUCCGGGUGCUCUUCAGCACGAGCCGGCGGACACCGAGUCCACCUUGCCAGCGGCCCAGAGCCUUCGAGCUGGCGGUCCUCAGCGACCACUUCCGGGUGCUCUUCAGCACGGGCCGGCGGACACCGAGUCCACCUUGCCAGCGGCCCAGAGCCUUCGAGCUGGCGGUCCUCAGCGACCACUUCCGGGUGCUCUUCAGCACGAGCCGGCGGACACCGAGUCCACCUUGCCAGCGGCCCAGAGCCUUCGAGCUGGCGGUCCUCAGCGACCACUUCCGGGUGCUCUUCAGCACGAGCCGGCGGACACCGAGUCCUUCGCCGCUUCGUUCGGCUGCGCCUUCGCGCCUCGUCCGGUUGCGCCUCGUCCGGCUGCGCCUUCGCUGCCUCGUCUGGCUGCGCCGACUUCGCCGCCUAGUCCGGCUGCGACUUCGCCGCCUCGUCCGGCUGCGACUUCGCCGCCUUGUCCAGGCUGCGCCUUCGUCGUCCGGCUGCGCCUUCGCCACCUCGUCCAGGCUACGCCUUCAUCGCCUUCUUUGGCAACUCCACGCCUCUCACCCACGCCACGCCAUGGGCUACAUCGACAUCGCCAUCAUUAUCUACAUCAUCAACAUCGCGUUUGGGACCCUCCCCGCGACUCGACUGCUCUUCGAGUCCCACGUAGGCUCGGGGGCUAAUGUCAGGGAGAUGAUCCCCGGUAUGGCAAAGUCCUCGAGUGGACGACCGCGCAGCAUUUCGCGGAUCAAGAAAAGGUGCCACGACGCAAAAGAUACAGAAGAAACAGUAAGGAAAAGAAGAAAAGACAGCGCCGGGCCAGCUCUUCCGCAGCUGGGCCAACUUCCGGCUUGGCCGGCCUGCUCCCGCCUCCACCUGGGCCGCACCCGGCCGCCUGGCGCCAGGCCGGCUGCUGGGCCGAAGCCGGCUCGCCCUGGACCAUCCGGGUCUCCCCGCGUGGUGGGCUGCGUCCGGCUGGGCUGCCCCCGGCUCCUCCUUGGGCCGACUGAAGGUCGCCCUCCCCUGGGCCACGUCCGGCUGAUGCUCGCCAAGGAGCUGGCCGGCUUCAGUUGCUCGCUCCGUCCGGCUGCGCCCGCUGGCGGCAGCUCUCUCCAAUCGAUCGGGAGGCACAUGGCCGGCUCCAACUCUCCAUGCAACGUACCAGCUGAUCAAGCACCAUGCAUGCCUGGCCAGCUGCCCUUCACGUGGUGA